AUGAAUCGCGAAAAUUUGUUACACCGAUCACAAAGCCAACAGCAAAACGGUAAUUGGCGUCAACAGCAAAACGGUAACUGGCGGCAACAGAACGGUAAUUGGCGGCAGCCGCAAGACAGUGGUAAUUGGCGGCAACAAGGAGCGCCACAACAAGGAGCACAAGGAGCAGCACAAUCUUGGGAAGAAAGGGGACCUCCGGAUCCACGAAUUGAAGCUGAAUUGUUUUCUGGGCAGAAUACUGGAAUCAAUUUUGAUAAGUACGAAGAGAUUCCUGUUGAGGCGACUGGUAUCAAUUGUCCACAACCUAUUCAAACUUUUACUGAUCAGAGUCUAAGCCUGCAUCCUUGGAUUGAAGAAAAUAUUAGAAAGUGUGGAUAUGAUCGACCAACUCCUGUUCAGAAAUAUUCUAUUCCGACUUUGAGCUCUCGUCGUGAUUUAAUGUCUUGUGCGCAAACUGGAUCUGGAAAAACUGCUGCAUUUCUUCUUCCAGUCAUAAAUUCAAUUCUUCGAGAUGGACCUUCAAAAGUUAAACCGAAAACCAUUGAAAAUAAAAGUUUCCGUACCUGUCAAUAUCCUUUGGCUUUAAUUAUUUCUCCAACACGUGAACUUUCUCUUCAAAUCUACAAUGAAUCGCGAAAAUUUUCUUAUCGUACGCCGAUCACUUCUGCCCUGUUGUAUGGAGGGCGGGAGAACUAUCGUGACCAAAUCAACAAAUUACGGUUAGGUUGUCACAUUUUAAUUGCUACACCAGGUCGUUUAAUUGAUGUUAUGCAGAAUGGCUAUAUUGCUUUGACUUCUUGUCAUUAUCUUGUUUUAGAUGAAGCUGAUCGUAUGUUAGAUAUGGGGUUUGAGCCCCAAAUUCGUCAAAUUGUUGAAGCUUCAAAUAUGCCAGUUAAAGGAGAACGAAUUACAGCAAUGUUUUCUGCCACCUUCCCAAAGGAAAUACAAGUUUUAGCUCAGGAUUUUCUAAUGCCUGAUUAUGUGUUUCUUGCUGUUGGACGUGUUGGUUCAACAUCUGAAAAUAUUCGUCAGAACGUUCUUUGGGUCGAAGAACAUAACAAAAAACACCUUUUGGCCGAUUUGUUGGAUGGCAGUGAACCUGAUGCUUUGACUCUAAUUUUUGUUGAAACAAAGCGUGGAUGUAGCGAUCUUGCUUAUCUACUCCAACGUGAUGGCUAUCAAUGUGUUGCAAUUCAUGGAGAUUUGAAGCAGAUGGAUCGUGAACGUCAUUUGGAUAGUUUUCGAAUUGGAUCGACACCAAUACUUGUUGCUACAGCUGUUGCAGCUAGAGGACUUGAUAUUCCGAAUGUUAAACAUGUGAUAAAUUAUGACCUUCCAAACAAUAUUGAUGAAUAUGUUCAUAGGAUUGGACGUACAGGACGUGUGGGAAAUAUUGGAUUGGCAACUUCAUUUUUUAAUGACAAAAAUAGAAAUAUUACUCAUGAGUUGGCUGAAUUAAUUGUUGAAACUAAUCAGCAAUUACCCGAUUGGCUUGAACAAAUUUCUCGCGAGUCAGGCAAAUAUGGAGGUGUUCGGACUCAUGGAGGCGGUGGUGGGCGGCGUGGUGGAAGUUCAAAUCGUUUUGGAGGACGUGACCAUCGUGUGCAGUACACUCCACAAGUUCGUGUUGGUGGUGGAAUGCAUCAAUUUGGUCAUCAAAAUAAUGAUUGGCGUGGAAAUGGGUUUGUGGCAAAUCCAGUCGGUUUUGUGCCAAAUUCAGGCGUUGGAAGUACUUCUGCUUCUCCGCGUAUUUCUGCUAUACCACAGCAGCAGCAACAACAUAAACCGGUGAAUCGGGCCCCUCAACAAAUUCAACAGGUCAGUAUAACUAAAUUGUAUAUUAGAUUAGUUUUAACAUAG